AUGCGUGAGGGCUCACUGCAAAUCGAUGCCGGUGUGGACUGGUUCACCCUCAUCACGCCGCCGACCACUCCGCUCGCCGAACUGCGCACACCGGGCGUCCAUCCUGCCCUGGGCUUGGUUCACUGCGCGGCAGCUUACGCUGGUGCGAGACGGCUCGAUGCUGCCAUCUUUGGCUUGAUGGAGAUUGCUGACGCAGCGUCAGAGAGUACCUUCAGCAGGGUGUGGCAGCUGGCAGCAUCGGCCCGCGAGUUCCUCAUGCUCAGCCCGGCGGGUGUCCGCCUCCUCAUUGCCCGCCAUCCGGUCCAUCGCAUGCUCGCCGCUUAUGCUGAGCGCCACGUGCUCUUCAAUGAUAACGAAGAGUCGCUGGACGCUCGUUGCGUCGCACUGGGUCUACCAGCCGGCGCCUCCUGUCCGCCAGCCCUUGAGGAGCUGGCGCUGGACGAGUUUGCCGCCCGGGUGGCGGCUGCACUGAGCGCACCACCUGCCGUAUGGGACGCUGCGUGGCUCUGGGCGCCAGCGGUGGCUGUCGGCAAUGCGUGGGACCUACUCCAUGCCUACGAGCAUGUUGUGGACUACGACGAUCUCGACAAUGGCCUCGAGUGCAUCCUGAGCCAGCUGGAGGUGCGGCUGAUGCGACGCGAGCCCGCCCUCCGCUACCUUUAUGCCUCAGGCUGGCAGCGCCAGCCGCUGCCACCGCCACCACCACCAGCCGCGGCUGCUGUCGCCUUGGCCUGCGCCUCGUCGGCCAAGCCGCAGUCGUGCGUCCACUCGGCCCUUGCCACUAUCGCCCGUCUCUACCGCAAGGACUUUCUUGCAUUUAGCCUUCAGCUCGGCUGGGAGACGUUGGACGUGUAG